GUUGCCAUGGUAGUGGUGGUAGAGCAGGCGGGCAGGGCGAGGCCCGUUCGGCUAGGCCUUGUCCUCGCGGCUGGGCUGGGGCUAGGGCCACGACUGCUCGGAGCCAGGCCCGUGGGGCCGCAGGAUGGGCUGAGGCGGCGGCGGCGGCUGCCCUGACCAGGUCAACGACAGGGCGGAGCUGAGAGGGGGAUGCUGCAGCCGGGCCUGGGAACCGCGGGUUUGAUGAGGGGGAUGGAGGAUUGAGGCAGUGUGGGAGCCUAGAACUAGAAACCAGUCUUGAAAAUGGAGAUGUAUGAAACCCUUGGAAAAGUGGGAGAGGGAAGUUAUGGAACAGUCAUGAAGUGUAAACAUAAGGAUACUGGGCAGAUAGUGGCCAUUAAGAUAUUUUAUGAAAAACCGGAAAAAUCUGUCAACAAAAUUGCAAUGAGAGAAAUAAAGUUUCUAAAGGUUUGCUUCUUUUGCCAUAAUUGCUAUCAAUUUCGUCAUGAAAACCUGGUCAAUCUGAUUGAAGUAUUUAGACAGAAAAAGAAAAUUCAUUUGGUAUUUGAAUUUAUUGAUCACACAGUUUUAGAUGAGUUACAGCAUUAUUGUCAUGGACUUGAGAGUAAACGACUAAGAAAAUACCUCUUCCAGAUCCUUCGAGCAAUUGAGUAUCUUCACAACAAUAAUAUUAUUCAUCGAGAUAUAAAACCUGAGAAUAUUUUAGUAUCUCAGUCUGGAAUUACUAAGCUCUGUGAUUUUGGUUUUGCUCGGACAUUAGCAGCCCCUGGGGACGUUUAUACAGACUAUGUGGCUACCCGCUGGUAUAGAGCACCUGAAUUAGUAUUAAAAGAUACUACUUAUGGGAAACCUGUGGACAUUUGGGCUUUAGGCUGCAUGAUCAUCGAGAUGGCCACUGGGAACCCCUAUCUUCCUAGCAGCUCUGACUUAGAUUUGCUCCAUAAAAUUGUGAUAAAAGUAGGCAAUUUGACACCUCACUUGCAGAAUGUUUUUUCCAGGAGUCCCAUUUUUGCUGGGGUAGUUCUUCCUCAAGUUCAGCACCCUAAAAAUGCAAGAAGAAAGUAUCCAAAGCUAAAUGGAUUACUGGCAGACAUAGUCCACGCUUGUUUACAAAUUGAUCCUGGUGAAAGGGUGUCAUCUACAGAUCUUUUGAACCAUGACUAUUUUACUAGAGAUGGGUUCAUUGAAAGAUUUAUACCAGAACUGAGGGCUAAGUUACUACAAGAAGCAAAAGUCAAUUCAUUCAUAAAGCCCAAAGAGAAUUCUAAAGAAACUGAAUACACUAAAGAAGACAAAAAAACAACCCAUGGAAAUACAUUGCCAAGUAGUUCAACUAUAGGAAAGGAUGGGGACAAGGACAAAAAGGCCAAGGAGAUAAAAGUCAGAGUUUAUAAAGUAAAAGGAGGGAAAGGAGAAGUUUCUGAAAGUAAAAAGAUAGAGCAUGAAGGUGGACAUUGCCAAUGGGGCACUUCGGAAAUUUUUCACACUCUUUCUCAAGAUAAUAAAUCUGCAACACCCGAAUCACCUAUCCCUGCAGAUCUCAACACUGAUUCUAACAACAUGAAGGAAGAUGCCCAUGCUGGCGGGUGUAUGACCAUGCCACCCAUCAAUUCAAAUAGCAGUAAUCUGACUGCUGCAAAUCCUAACUCACAUUUCACUUACACAAAUACAAGUAAUAAGCCAUCUGAAAAAGCUAAAAAGAGAAGGACUUCCUCACAGUCUCGUAUACAAUCUGUGUCUAACAAGCAAGAGGAUGCAGGCCCUGUUCAAAAUCAAACAGAAAAGGGCACACUUCAUGAGCGAACAGCUCAAAAUGACCAAAUAGCAAAUGGGAACAAAAGGAAACUGAAUCUUUUAAGGAAUGACAAGAAAGAGAUACAUUUCCCAGAGCUACCUUUCACAAUACAAUCAAAGGAGAUGAAAGGAAUGGAAGUUAAACAGGUAAAGGUGCUGAAGAGGGAACCAAAGAAAACUGAUACAUCUAAAAUACCAACUUUACUUAAUGUGGAUCAAAAUCAGGAAAAACCAGAGGGAGGAGAAGCCCAUUGUGAGGGGAAGAAUUUGAAGAGGAACAGAUUUUUCUCAUAGUAGUGCCCUUGUAUCCGAAUAACCUUAAAAAGAAGGAGUUUGGGAAUCUUAAUAUCAAAAUCUAUUCUCUUUUUACUUUAUGUAGAGUAGAAAUGUUAUGUGAGCUGUGAAGACAGCCAGCCAUCUGAAUAAUACCAGCCAACUCUUUCUGUUUUCUUAGCAAAAUAGUCACUGUUUUCUACUUUCUCCAGAAGAGCUCUCUUGAUGUGAUGUUUUGAAAUGGAAUUAUAAUGUCACCUUCUAUUUUCCUGCUUUUUUACUUAUUGUGAUUACUCGAUAGGACACAAUUCCUGUUAUCCAAUACAUAUAGUAUUAAUGAUGAUUUCUACCCUUUGAUAAUCACACAACCUUAGGAGUUAAAUUCUAUUUUAGGUUAUCAGGCUUAUUGAAGUACGUGUAAGCACUUAGUGAAUAUCUGACCCAUUGUUCUAAAAAAAAAAAUCCAAAACAACAACAUGCAUCACCAUUAUCAUGGAUUAAAAUAUAUUCUGGUGUUCAAUAAUGAAAAUGAAUAAAAUAUCUGAAAUGAUAUAUACAAAAUCUUAAUGAAAUUCCAUUAUUAUCUUAAAUACCUCCCAGUAAUUCAAAGUGAUGAAUGAUUUUCCCUUUGACUAUAUAUAAUUUUCACAUUAUGCAAAAUUCCAUCACUACUCCCUAUAGUAACUCAUAUAAAAUGUUAUUAAAAUUCAGAGGAUCACCAAAAAAGCAAGACUACAUAAUUUCCUAAAGCAUAAUAAAAUCAUCUCUGAUAUUUUUUCAGAACUGUAAUCUGAUUCUUUAAGUAGAUAAUUGAGAUUCAGGAUGAUUCUCUCAGUAUGUAAAAAUUUAAAGGUGGAGAGAACUGGGAAGAAUCAGUGCUGAUUGCACUAGAUCACUGAGACACUUUGAAAGCAAUGGCAUGUAUGAAAGUACUUUUCCCUGUUUCUCCUGAUCCUGUUUUGUCACUGACUCAUAGUCAAGGAGGAAGAGUACCAUGUGUUUAAUGAGUGGCAAGUAACUUGCCUUUUCAGAGAUUUGAGAAAGGCCCAGUUUUAGACCCCCUUGUUUAUUGUAUACCCUUCUAUGGCUGACAUUGAGUAUCUUCUCUAUUUUGUGGUGUAGAUCAACCUACAUAAAAAUGAUGCAUAACAAAUAGUAAUUAGUCUCUGGAAUUUAUUCAUUAAGCAGUUCAUAAGCAAUGUAUAAGCUUAUAAAAAGAAAUUGUCAUGUGUUUCCUUGCCUUCUUGAAAAUGUAAAUGAAAGAAUUUUGCAUUCACAAAAUAGUCUAAAAAAAUCAUAUAGGAAAACAGUUUAAUUCAGUGCUGCUUUAUGAUCUCUUCAACUAAAAGUUUUUGUUAGGAUUAAUAAUAACUUAAAUCAUGUAAAUCAUAUGCCUACUGUUAGCCUCAGCUGCCAGAUAGACAUUCUAUCCUUGGAAAAUUAAGGUUAUUCAAAGGAAGUACGCAGUGGUAUGAGUCUGCCACCCUAAAUGCCCACAUCUUUACCAUGUGCAAAAACCAUAGGAUCAGGUAUCUUUACUGGUUGUAGUAACUUCACUUCUCAAUUAUGUAUGUGAUAAUUAAAGAUGUGAGGAUUCUUUUUCAUUUAAAAAAUGUUAUGUUGCAAUUUUAAA